ACUUGUCAAAUCAUAAAGAAAGUCUCUGGAUGCAUGCCACUAUAUAAAUGCUUGGCCAACACUCGACUAUCAGCUAGUGUCUAUCAUAAUUUCACGAUGUUAAAGCUGUGGAUCUGUUGUGCUUUAGUCUCCUUCGCGAGUGCCUACAAUCAUGGAGAAGCUGCAGCUGAAUUUGCCGCAUAUGUUGCAGAAUUUGGUAAAACUUACCCCACUACCGCUGCGAGAAAUAAUGCCAACUAUUACUUCAACUAUCACACCAAGUUGAUAGCACAGCAGAAUGCUUUGGCAGAUCGUGGAGCGAGCAGCUAUCGCGUUGCAGUAAAUCAGUUCUCCGACAUUCGUCUGAUCACCUUUGCUGCCCGCUUGCCACAGGCUGUUUACCCCGCGGUUUCCUACAACUCGACACCCGUGGAAGUGGACACGACGGUGGCCGAUGAAAUCGAUAUCCUCACUGAGUACGGUCUCAAUGUGACGGCCCAGGAUCAAGGCACUUUGUGCAGUGCCAGCUGGGCUUUUGCUGCCGCCAAAGCUAUACAGAUAUUGAACGCUGUGCCAAACGAUCUGACACCUUUGAAUUAUUCUGCUCAGAGCCUGAUUGACUGUGCUGGCAUGAGCACCGCUUGCACCACCCAGGUGCCCCAGAUUGCCUUCGAUUACCUGACCCAGGAGACGGGCACGACUUUGAUACCCGAGGAAGACUAUCCGGAACGGAAUAACUCCCUUCAGGGCAUGUGUGUGCCCACAAUGGCUGCCGCUGGCAUUAAGCUAGACACCUACUCGAGGAUAACGGAUGGCGAUGAUGCCGCCGUCAUGCGUUAUGUGUCCAGCUCCAUUCCAGUCAUCGUUGAGUACAAUCCGGCCACCUUUGGAUUCAUGCACUACAGCAGUGGCGUCUAUGUGCCCCCAGUCAGAGCCAGAGCAAGCAGUUCACAGUUCCUGGUUGUCGUUGGCUAUGGCCAUGAUACAGAGAGUAAUCUGGAUUACUGGCUGUGCAUCAACUCGUUUGGCGACACUUGGGGCGAAGAGGGCUUCAUCAAAAUUGUGCGUAGCUCAACGCAGCCUAUUGCCAAGGGAGCCAUUUUCCCAAAUAGCUUAGGAGUCGUUACUAUGCAAUUAAUCUUUUAAAGUUUGUACUAUAUUUAAAAUUAUUCUAAGAAUGUCGAAACACAAGUAUUUAAAUAAAGUAAAUACAUUAU